AUGGACAGUCUGAAACUGAUAGGACUGCGAGUGCCGAAAAUGAGUCCCAUGGUACAAAUGCAGGUACCGUUAUGGCUGGCUCUGAUUCUGAAAAAACAGGCCCGGUGUAAAAUAGUCAUGCCCUCGUGGUUAGAAGAAGAACAUCUACGUCAAGUGUAUGAACGAGAAACCACAGUUCAAGACCGGUUUUCAGACCAAUUGCCCUGGCGAUGGAUGGAACUUAGUCAGUCGUUACUAGCACAUGCCUCGGACGAUUUAAAAAGUCCCCUUGCCAAAGUCCGGUCAUUACUCCAGGAUAUUCGAGAAGUGCGACUGGCAAAAGCGCGCGCCGGUAUCUCAGAACUCAACGAAUCUCACGUCCAAAUGGACAACCUAGGACACAUGGAAAUCAACGAGCUACGGCCGUUCGCCAUCCUGGUCAUGGACCAACUCCGGCGAAUAACCAGUCUCACCGAACCCGAACCCGAUCACGACGACGACGAUUAUGACAAUGACGACGUAUGA